UACUAAAUCUUAAAAAAAAAAAAAAGUCCAUAAUUUUUUAUGUGUUAAUUUAUAUAGUUGAAGUUAUCCCAAUUUAUAGUGAAUUUGAAUCAAUCAUUCAUUCUAUUGAAUUAAACAUCUUUGCAUGUGAUUAAUCAACUACAACGCAUCCAAUGUAAAAAAGAAGACUAUUAUGGUCUUUAAACCAAUUGAUACUCCAUAUUUGCAACCUAUAAAUAAUGCAAUCAAGGUAGACUUGAGAACCAACCUGAAGCCAAUACAAUAUUUUAAACCUUCAUUUCUACUGAGAUUUCAAGCUAAGAAUGAGAUUCCCUCCCCAAACCAAACUGCUAUCUCUAUUAUUGUCAUUCAUAAUCAUAUGCAAUUUAGUCAGAUAUGAAACAAAGGGUUCUUGCAACCAAAAAGAUAAACAAAUACUUCUAUGUUUUAAGCAUGGACUCACUGAUCCAUCACACAUAUUGUCAUCAUGGUCUGAUAAAGAAGAUUGUUGUGAAUGGAGAGGAGUUCUUUGUGACAUCAAUGGUAGAGUCAUCAAUCUCAGUCUCCGUUGUAUCACUUAUGGAGACAACAAAACGCAUUGUUUAUCAGGUGAAUUCCAUCUUUCUUUAUUUGAACUUGAAUUUUUGAACUACUUGGAUUUAAGCAAUCAUGACUUCAAAGCCAUACACUCACCCUUGGAUUGUCAAAACAUGUCAUUAGUUAACCCUCUUCAUAGAAGUGGAAACUUUUCUAAUGUUGUUUAUCUUGACUUGUCCUAUAAUGAGAAUCUUGUUGUUGAUGAUUUAAGAUGGCUUCUUCGUCUAUCAUCAUCCUUAGAAUAUCUCAACCUGAAUUCCCUUAAUCUCCACAAACAAACUCAAUGGUUUCAAAUAUUAACUAUGCUUCCUUCUCUUUCCGAGUUAUAUAUGAGUAAUUGCCUACUUGAAAAUGCGAGUCCAUCUGUUCUACGUGCCAAUUUCACUUCACUUGAAAAUAUUGAUCUCUCUUACAAUGAUUUUUUCUCAGAAAUGCCUAUUUGGUUGUUCAAUCUAAGCCGCCUUUCUUAUUUGGAUCUUGGGAACAAUCGUUUCUAUGGCCAAAUACCUGAAACUUUAUCAAAUCUUCGAAACUUGCAUGGAUUGUAUUUAGGAGGCAACAAGUUGAAUGGAACAAUUCCAAAUGGAUUAGGCCAACUUGCAUGGCUAAGCAACCUUGACCUCUCCAUGAAUUUACUUACUAGUGUUAUUCCCACUACUCUGUGGAAUCUAUCAUCCUUACUAUCACUAGAUCUUUCUUCGAACAAUUUGACUGGAGUUGUAUCUGAUCGAAAUUUUGCAAAGCAUUCAAAGUUACGAGAACUUGGGUUGGGUUCACCCUCCAUUGUCUUUGAUUUUGAAUCCCACUGGAUGCCUCCUUUUAAACUUCAAAGACUCGACUUGCAGUACGCAGAUGUUAAACUUCUUCCAUGGCUGUAUACUCAAGAAUCUCUAACUACUUUAAAAAUUGAAUACUCCUUCUUUAAAAAUGUAUCUCAAGACAUGUUUUGGAGUUUGGCAAAUAAUUGUGCAUAUCUCUAUCUAACCAACAAUAACAUGACUUGGGACAUCUCCAAUGUGUUGUUGAACUCUAAUAAUGUAGUGCUGGAUGGAAAUGGUUUGAGUGGUGAUCUUCCUAAAUUAACGGCAAAUGUGAGGGUUUUUCGGAUAAGUGGUAACAAUUUGUCUGGAUCUCUUUCUUCUCUCUUGUGCCAAAAUAUGAAAGAGAAAAACAAUUUGAAGUACUUGGAUGUAUCUAAUAACUAUUUAUCCGGAGAGCUCACUGAAUGUUGGAAAAACUGGAAAUCACUUGUUCAUGUUGAUUUGAGAAGAAAUAAUCUAACUGGCAUGAUUCCACCCUCAAUGGGUACAUUAUCCAACCUUUUGUCACCGCAUAUUUAUAAUAAUAAGUUGCAUGGAGAGAUACCUGUGUCAUUAAAAAGUUUACCAAAACUUGUGAUUGUUAAUCUUGGUAGAAAUAAAAUUUCGGGAAAUAUAUCAAAUUGGAUUGGACAUGAUAUCAAAGUUCUUCAAUUAAGAUCAAAUGAAUUUAGUGGUGAUAUUCCUCUACAAAUAUGUCAACUAUCAUCUCUCAUGGUCUUGGAUCUUGCAAGCAAUAGAUUAACAGGGACAAUACCUCACUGCCUACAUAAUAUCACCGCCAUGAUUUCCAAUAAUACUUUAGAAAGGGAUGAAUUUAAAAUCAUUAUCAACCUUCCAAGUAUUGGUUUCUUGUAUAGUAUAGAAGUUCCAUUGCUAGCAAAGGGCAUCGACUUAAACUAUUACAAGUAUAUGCGUGUUAUUGACUUUUCUAACAACCAUUUGUCGGGUAGAAUCCCUUUAGAAGUAUUCAGCCUCACUGCAUUACAAUCAUUAAACUUGUCACAAAACCAAUUAAUAGGAAACAUACCGGAAGAAAUAGGAAACAUGAAAGCAUUAGAGUCACUUGAUUUCUCAAAUAACACACUAUCAGGAGAAAUUCCUCAAACCAUGUCUUCUCUGUCUUUUCUUGAAGUGUUGAAUCUCUCCUUCAAUAACUUUCAAGGUCAAAUCCCAUUAGGAACUCAACUUCAAGGCUUUUCAAAUCUUAGUUAUAUUGGAAAUCCUCAACUUUGUGGAACUCCACUUAUUGAGAAAUGCAACAACAAUGAAGCCCCGGGUGGUGGUGACACAAAAUUGAUGGAAAAUGAAGAGGAAGAAUCUGAGGUAAUGCAAUGGUUCUACAUGGGCAUGGGAGUUGGAUUUGCAACAAGCUUUUGGAUUGUAUUUGGUACCCUUUUAUUCAAACGGACAUGGAGGCAUGCUUACUUCAAUUUUCUCUAUGAUGUCAAAGAUUGGUUCAUGUCAAGAUGGUUCUGAAAUCAACUCCUUUGCCUGAAAAUUUAUCAUGGAGGUAAAAACAUCAUGGACUUAUUGUCUUUGGCGACUUUAAUGGACACACCAUGUCUUGUAUUUGGAGUGUCUUUUGAUUGUGGUGUCUAAUAAACUCUAGUGUUAUUUUCAUUUUUUACAAAAUUAUGUAAUUUAAGUUUUUGUGUGAAUCAUCUCAAUGGUGGCUUUUGGUGUCUAUUUUGAAAUUUCAAAAUAAAAUUUUGUUUUUAUUUUGAGUUUUAACA